GCUGCCUCUGCAGAGAGAUCCUACCAUGAGAGCUCUCAGACUGCUCGGGAGUUAGCACAAGCUUCUCUUGGGCUUCCUACACAGUUCCAGGAGGAGAUGGAGCGUCUUAGACGAGAAUCUUCAUCCCUGAAAACUUCAGUAGAAGCAGAGAUAUCUCAAAGCAAAAAUUUACAGAACAAAUUCAACGUUUGGGAACAGAGUGCUGAACAGCAACUUUAUGAAGGGCAAAAGUACAGACAGAUGGGGGAUCAGCUGUUGUCACGAGCAAAUGCUGCAAAGAAUAAAGCCAAUCAGGCCAUGAUAUCAGGGAACAUCACAUACUAUGAGAUCGAGGGGAUGCUCAGUAGCCUGAAGGGUGGGUAUAGUGUCAACUGUCUGAAAAUUGUAGGAAAAAUUCUUCAAAAUAUUUGUUAG